UUAGAUCCUAAAGGGGUUCGGCAAAACUUAAAAGUUCGAGAGCAUAAUAUUUUAGGUCCUUAUGUGGAUGGUCUCUCACAGCUACUUGUAUCAUCAUUUAAUGAUGUGGACAAUCUUAUGAGUGAAGGUAACAAAUCUCGUACAGUGGCUGCCACCAACAUGAAUAAUGAAUCCAGUCGCUCACAUGCAGUAUUUAACAUCAUCCUUACCCAAACUCUGGUUGAUGCAGCCUCGGGGGUAUCGGGUGAGAAAGUGAGUAAGCUGUCAUUGGUUGACUUGGCUGGUAGCGAGCGUGCUCAGAAGACGGGGGCCAUGGGGGACAGGCUCAAAGAGGGCAGUAACAUCAAUAAAUCUUUGACAACAUUAGGCUUGGUUAUCUCAGCUCUUGCAGACAGUGCAUCUGGGAAGAAUAAGAAUAAGUUUGUGCCAUACAGAGAUUCAGUUCUCACGUGGCUUUUAAAGGAUAACCUCGGUGGAAAUAGUAAGACUGUUAUGGUAGCAACUGUCUCACCGGCUUCAGAUAAUUAUGAGGAAUCUUUAUCAACGCUACGCUACGCAGAUCGUGCCAAACGUAUCGAGAACCACGCAGUUGUUAAUGAGGACCCGAAUGCGAGGAUCAUACGAGAGUUACGCGAGGAGGUUGAUGAAUUGAGGAAACAAUUAGAUGAGGCUCAGGUUAAAAAAGCAAAUCAAUCGUCAGAUGGAUCACAGAAGAACAAAAUCGUAGAGAGUCCUAGUAGUGCAGCACAGGUUGAGGGAGAUGGAGAAAACCUACAAGAAAAGCUUCAAGAGUCGGAGAAACUUAUAGCAGAUCUCAGUAAAACUUGGGAGCAGAAACUAAAAGAAACUGAACAGAUUCAUCAGGAGCGCCAUGCCACUCUGGAGAAGAUGGGGGUCUCUGUGCAGAAGUCGGGGAUCAAAGUAGAACAUGGAAAAUAUUUCCUCGUCAAUCUGAAUGCGGAUCCAUCCUUAAAUGAAUUAUUAGUUUAUUACUUAAAGGAUACCAAAACACUAGUAGGCAGAGCUGAUGCUAAGAACAGUCAAGAUAUCCAGCUUUCUGGCCUGGGUAUAUUACCCGAACACUGCAUACUGGAAAUAGAGAACCAGGAUGUUUACUUGACUUCAAUGGAGAAAGCUCGAACAUGUGUCAAUGGUGCAGUAGUGAAAGAACGGACCAAACUGAAGCAUGGUGAUAGGGUAUUGUGGGGGAAUAACCACUUCUUUAGAAUCAAUUGCCCAAAGGCAAACAGUCCCUCUAGUAAUGAACCCGGUAAGGAGGCUGGUAAAGAAGCAGACUAUGACUUCGCCCAGCAGGAGCUAAUGAUGCAUGAACUGUCAGUUGACCCCAUCACAGAAGCUAUAAGUGCAAUAGAAAAGCAACAUGAAGAUGAAAAACUUGAUGCUUUAGAGAAACAGCGUAAAAUGUAUGAGCAGCAAAUGCAGAGUUUACGUAGCCAAUUAAUGACACCCACCACCCCAUCGCAACCAUUCCCACCAAUCGCAGGUCUUGUCCCAUCAGGGAUGUCCAAUCAGGCGAUUCAUCCUAAAUACCAACAAUGGGCUGCAGAAAGAGAGAAAAUGUUUACUCAGAGUCUAGCUAAGUUACGUCAAGAAGUCAUCCGAGCCAAGGCCCUGGUCCGUGAAGCUAACUUCUUGGCUCUAGAGAUGAAUAAGAAAACCGAGUUCUUUGUAACUUUACAAAUCCCUGCAGCCAACCUUAGUCCCAAUCGGAAGCGAGGAGCAUUUGUUAGUGAGCCAGCCAUAUUAGUGAAACGUAAAAACAAAGGCAGUCAGGUGUGGUCCAUGGAGAAGUUUGAGAUUAAGAUUAUAUACAUGCGGGAGAUGUACGAAGAGAGAAAAGACAAGGGUCUCCCCAUGAUGGUAGAUUACGACAAUCAUAUAUAUCGCUUGGAUGAUGACAGUAAGCCCCCUACUAAAGGAGAUCCAUUCUACGAGUCCCAGGAGAACCAUAACCUUAUUGGUGUCGCUAAUGUAUUCCUGGAGUGUCUCUUCUAUGACGUCAAGCUUGACUACCAUGUGCCAAUCAUAAAUCAACAGGGGGAGGUUGCUGGAAAACUCCAUGUUGAGAUAUCUCGAGAAACUUUACCUGAGAAAUACUCUGAUGGUACCUAUUCUUAUGAUGAACAAACUGAGGAGCAGGAUACCAGACUGACUGUAGGCACACCUCUCAUAUGCAGGGUGUGUAUUAAAGAAGCGAGAGGUUUGCCCCCUGCCCUGUCCCACUUUGUGUUCUGUCAGUAUCAACUGUGGGGGCACACUGAAGCUGUAGUGGUGCCACCUAUCAUAGGACCAGAUGUUGGACCAAAGAAGAAAAAUUCUGGCAUGUCUUUUAUGUUUAAUCAUAUGAAGGAAUUUGAAGUGCGGGUCACUGAGGAAUUCAUAGAGCAUGCCUCUGAGGGGGCAUUGAGCUUUGAGGUGUGGGGACACAAGAGUGCUGGACUUCUGAACCCCACCAUGGAGCUGGAGAGUGUUCAGGCCAAAUCUAGGUCACUGCUUGACAGGUGGAAUGAAUUAACACGUAAGGUUGAAAUGUGGGUUGAGGUCCAAGAAUUGAAUGACCAAGGUGAACACAUUCCUGUAGAUGUACAACAGAAACCUGAGGUCCUAACUGGAGGAAUAUAUCAAAUCAGACAGGGUCAAUCUAGGAGAAUUCUUGCCAAAGUAAAGCCAGUUGCAGAUUCAGGAACUUUGCCCAUAAUUUGUGAGUCAAUCACAUCCAUAUCUGUUGGGUGUAUAUGUGCCAGGUCCAAGCUCCAGAAGGGGCUGGACAGUUACCAGGAAGAGGACUUGACUGCUCUGAGAGAGAAGUGGUCAGAUAUGUUGAUGAGACGCAAGGAUUAUUUAGAUGAGCAGAUACAGAGAAUAAUGCAUAAAGAAGAUAAGACUGACAGUGAUGCUGAGAGAGAAAAAUCAUUGAUCGACCAAUGGGUUUGUUUGACUGAAGAGCGCAAUGCAGUACUAGUCCCCCAGCCAGGCUCUGGCAUACCAGGUGCCCCUGCUGACUGGGAUCCGCCAUCUGGUAUGGAGGAGCAUGUUCCUGUCAUAUAUUUAGACCUGACAGCUGAUGAUAUGAGCACCCCUAGUGUUAAAGAGGGUGGUCAGGCUGCAGGAAUCAUGUCUAUCCUACCAAAGGAACAUGGCACAAAGUUCUACAAUCUACCAAUCAUUAAAUACAAUGAAAGAGAGGUGUGUGCUCUUGCAUCCUGGGAUAGCUCUAUCCACGAUUCCAUCCAUCUCAACCGUGUCACCCCUAGCAACGAGCGUGUUUACCUGAUCAUCAAGGUGGUAGUGCGGCUGAGCCAUCCCGCCUCCAUGGAACUCGUCCUUAGGAAGAGAGUCUGUAUUAAUGUCUACAAGCGACAAAGUCUCACAGAGAAAUUCAAAAAGAGGAUAUCAAAGUUUGAGAUGGUACAAGCUACAGGUGUAAUGUACGAGGUUGUGUCGAACAUCCCUAAAGCCUCUGAAGACCUGGAAGAUCGCGAGUCUCUUGCUCAAAUGGCAGCCUCCAAUGAUGACGAGGAAGAUACUACAGAUGGAGAGACUUACAUAGAGAAAUAUAUCAAAGGUGUCUCUGCUGUAGAGAGUAUCUUGACGCUGGAUAGAUUACGUCAGGAGGUAGCAAUAAAAGAGAAUAUGGCUGCAACGGGUCAGUCUAGAAAGAAAACGGAGGUUGCCAUUAAAGAAUUCCUUGCAUCAUCUGGUAAACCAAUCAGACGUGCUACCAGCGUUCCAAACUUUCAACAGGCGAUGAGAUUGGACUCUCCUAGUAAUAGAACAGAUGAUUUGAUGCACCAAAGUGACAGUGUCUCAAAUCUGUCGAUGUCUGACAUGGAUGGCUACGCAUCCCUCCCUCGUCACCUGGCCGACCCGUUCAAUGCAUUCAGGCGCAUGAGUGACUCCAAGGAACCAAACUUCAACAAGAAUAGCAACUUUGGACUAGGUUCUCCCAAGGCUAUUGUCAGCCCCCAACCUGCCAAGCUUGUGAAGCCCAUGAGGACCUUAAUGGAGGAGAGUCAACAUAAGCUACCCACUGAGGCUAAACCUCUGCUUUUACAUGAUGAGUCUGAUGAUGACUACAUCAAGUCCCUCCCUACCUCUCCUAUGAAGGAUUCCAUAGAUUCGGAUGACUUCCAGGAGUUUGAGUCCUACCAGUCGCAAAAUGAGCAGCAAAAGAUGAGCGGUCCCCAGAAGAUUCACAAUGAUGGGAUUACACCAUCAGGAACGUCAGAGAGUUUAAAUGAUGCACAAGUGAAGAGUUUCACCCCCAGUAUGACCUCUAGUGGAUAUGGCUCCCAAGCAGUUUCGACUUUAACCCUUUCGUCUGAGGACUCUCUCAGUGCUAGGAGCUAUAGCCUGGAGCAAGAGGAUGCUCCUGUAGAGGAAAAGAAACGCUCACUAGAUGGAGAUAGUAGUGAUCUGAACUCUCCUAGCAAGGCUAUCCCUGCUGGGAGUGAGUUCACAAUUGCUGGAAAGGCAGCGCAGAUUGUCAAGCCCCAACAAAUUGAAGCAUAUAAUGUUGCUGCAUUGAACAAUAAGAACAUGACUGGGAAGGACAUGAAUGAUGUGUACAGCAAUGAGUUGGAUAACUUACUUGAUGCUGACACAAAAAUCCAGUCUGUAAAGCCUUUAUCGCCCUUAGAGAGGCAGAAAUCCAAUCCAAAGGAUUUAGAAAUCAAGAAUUUCCUUGAGGGACUUGUAGCCAAGGAUAAAAAGUCAUUUUCUUCACCAGUGACAUCACCUAGAAGUGAUAAUUUUCAGCUUAAAUCAAUUGAUCACAUGAGCACAAGUGAUACAUCAAAUGAUGGUGGAGAUGGGUUUGAGGCAGAUGAAGCAUCAAACAGCAAGAACACAUCUGAAGUGUUACAUAACCUUGAAACAUCUGAAGUGUGUGAAGAUCAAGGUGAGGAGGAACCAUUGCAGUCAAAUCUCAAAAAGGAGGGUAUGGAUGAUACUAAUGCUUAUGACACCAUAGAAGAUAAAGGUGCAAACACUGACACUGAACAUAUUCAUGAAGAAGUGAAAACUGAAGACAUCAAUGAACCUAUUGAUUCAAUUGUAAAUCAUGUAGAUAAUGAAAAGAGCAGUUUUUCUGUCACAGAAAAUGUGCAAAAUGAGGAAAAUGUACAAAAUGAGGAGGAGAAUAUUCAUAGUGAGGGUGUUCCAAAUAAGGUAGAAAAUGAUGUACCAGAAGUUAAUAUUGAAACAGACAAUAGCAAUGUUAUCAUUAAUCCCAAUUUCACAGAUGAUGACUUAGAGGUCCAUUCAACAAAUGUACGCAUCAUUGAACAAACUUUAGAUGAUAUUAUAGAAAAUGACAAAACCGUCAAUACAUCUGUUGGUCUCACAAACAAUAAUGCCCCUGAACACAAAGAUAUAUCUGAUGAUUCAACUCCUAACAAGAACACUAGUAACCCAUUACCCCAGGUUCAAAUGAGACAUUCCCCAAGUUUAGACUUGAACAAGCCAGUGUUCCGUGUGAAAAAGGGUGAGCAUAAGGCAGGGGGGCCUAUGAAAGCAUUCCCAAUGCGUCCUAUGAGCACUCCUGAUGCGAUGCUGGAUAUCAUCAAUGAUAAUCAAGCCCUUGGCAGUCAGAAAAGUGAAGAGAGUCUUGUGUCAGAUAGAUCUGAUGACCAUUCAGAUAAUGAUGACAGCAUGUCAAUGUGUUCAUUUGGUAGCAGAGCUGACCUGAAUCGUCUCCAUGAAUCCCCUGUGCCAUCAUGGAUUGUUGUUGGGGAGCCAGUCACCGUCCUAUCAUCCACAGGACCAUCUAAAAGUGGCACUGUGAGAUAUGUGGGGGAGACAGACUUCGCAAGUGGCCCCUGGGUAGGGGUUGAGCUGGACCAACCUGAGGGCAAGAAUGAUGGUUCAGUGAAAGGUCGUCGUUACUUCAAAGCCAGGUCACGUCAUGGUACAUUUGUGCGACAUGAUAAGCUCAUCAUGGAUAAGAAGCGACGUGCGAGUCCAGCAAAGACUGGUUCUAUGCCACCCUCAUUGCGUCGCAGUUUGGGAAAUUUGGCCAAUAUUGAAGGUGCUAAAACUAAAGCAGAAAAACGGGCCAGUUUUAGUCCCGGGUCGUCAUUUAUGAAACCAACGUCAAGUUCUGUACGACGCACCAGUAGUAUGAAGAAAAAUUAAAUACAAAAUGAAUUUCAACAUAAAUAGAAAAAAAUAUUCAGAACUGUGAUUUUCCAGAGUGAAAAACUGGAUUUAUGUAUGAGAAAAGUAAAACUGAAUAUUUAGCAUAAAGUGUAAAUUACUGAUCAACUUAACUAUUUUUAGAUUAAAACGUGUUGUUUAAAACUGAUGUGGCUUGUAGGAUAUAGAAGUGAUUGCUUUGGAUGUUUUAAGUGCACAUCAUAGGAGGUUUGUAUAAAGCACAUGUUUGCAAAGGCAUUCACAGUGUAAUGAUUGAGUACAUGAUAAACUGAGCCAUGUAAAUUAAUUAUCCAGAAAUUCUCCCAAAUCUUUGGUCGAAUAAAGCUAGUAGUAAGGCUGAUUCGGAAAAUAUUCCGAUCCAUCCAAUCUUACCUUCAGAGUGGAAUUUCCUAACAGAUGUGUCAUAAAAAACUGACGAAAACAAAUACAAGGUUAAAAAUCAGGAUUUACUAUAUAUUAUAGAACUCUACAACAAUGUACAAUCAAUUCACAUUGUUGUCUCGUUUCACAAAAAUUUGAUUUCCAAAGUUCUAGUUUCUAAGAGCAAGUUUUGAAAUCCAUUCUGAUUCAGCGACAGCCUUAACGAGUAGUUUAUCAAGAUUACACAUUAUGAUUGUGUAUAUGUUGCACAGAUAAAUCAUGUAUUUCACGAAAAGACUAAAACUGGAGAUUAAAGUUGAAUGCCGACUAUGUAUAAAUAAAAAAGUAAGGGGUAUGACUAUGAAGUGUAGUUCGACAGAUAAAUGUAGAUAUUCUGUCAAUAUUAUUACAGUGUACAAAUAUGCUUAGAUUUUAAGAUGUACAAAAUAUUGUUUGCGUAUUUAAUAUGUGUAAAUUAAAAGCUUAGAUCCCUAUAUGAUUCUAUGACUGUACUGUAUAUGUUGAAAUUGAACUGAAACUGAUGGACCACAAUAUGUGGGAGGAAUGUGAAUGUUCACACAUUAUUAUGCCAUAUUUUAUUGUUUUUACUUUUAAGUUGAAAUAAUAGAUUUUUUACUCUGUAAGAAGUUAAAAUCUGUGCAAUUUUAGUUGUAGAUGAAUCAGUUAGAGCUCUGAAUUAUUUUUUAUUUUCAAUAAGCUCAUUUAUUCCGAAUGCUCGAAAAUAUUUGUGAUAUUUCUAAAUCAUGACGUUUGAAAAGAGAUUGAUGCGUGGAAAUGUUUUAAAUUCAAACCUUUAUUGCAGUAGCUUUGAAUUCCAAUGUAUCAAUUAUUUGUAUUGAUUAAUUUUUAAAUCAGUAAAUAUGAUCAUUGUGUUAAUUUGAUACAUGCUUUAUUAGAGCUUUUAAUGAUUUCAUAGUUUAUAUUAAGAUUUGUAUUUUAUUUGCUGUAUAUCGCUCAAGAUUUGAAAUUUUCUAGGAAGGAAAAAUAAAAAAAUUGUGCCAGGUAUGAACAUGUAAAGAUGAAUCUUAUAAAAUCUGUCAAGUUUUUCUUUAUGAUGAAUCUGUAAACUUUACACACAGAACAUAUGACAAUGAACAUAAUGUAAUGGAGUGCACAAAUAUACACUCAGUGCUGUAUGAAAUAGAA